CACAUGAGCACAGUCACAGCUGCAAGCAAGAUUAAAAAGCUCAUAUAGUGAGGCCCAAGCUGUGUGGGAGGAGUGCUGUGAGUUCAAUGGGGUUCCUUCCAGACCUUUCCCCCAUCACUUGGUUGCUCCUCGUUGCUUUCCUGAGCCUCCUGGUGCUCUAUGGGAUAUGGCCCUACCAGACCUUCAAGAAGCUGGGCAUUCCUGGCCCACAGCCUGUGCCGUUUUUGGGAACAUUCCUGGGGUACCAACAGGGGAUCCUGAAUUUUGAUCAGAUGUGCUUUGAAAAAUACGGUAAAAUCUGGGGGAUUUUUGACGGCAGGCAGCCCAUAAUGGCUAUUCUGGACCCCGCCCUCAUCAAAACCAUCUUGGUGAAGGAGUGCUAUAGCACUUUUACCAAUCGCAGGGUCUUUGGUCUGAGUGGGAGACUGGAGUCAGCUGUUAGCAUGGCUGUGGAUGACCAGUGGAAAAGGAUUCGCACUGUGUUGUCCCCAACAUUCACCAGUGGGAAGCUGAAAGAGGUAAAUUAUGUGGCAAUUGUCGCACGUUCCCAGUGA